AUGGAGUUCGUUCCCCUCGAGAGUUUUGAGUUUUUGAAUUCUUUGCUUCAGGGUGUGGAGGCACAAGGAUGUCUCAUGACGGUGCGACUGGAGGCUUUCACAUGUCGUUGUACCCGCAAGAAGAAGCUGCUCGCCGCCAGUAUCGCAGAAUACGCGAACAAAACAACUCCACCGCUUAGACCACUGUGCAGUGCAAAUGCCCCGGUUCCGCCGCUGCUGAAUUUAUCAGAUGACAGUGCGCAUGUAGUGCCUACGGAGCCCGUCGAGCCAAGUGACAUCGACGAUCGGUUGGUGUUUCUCGUGGCCGCGCUAAACAGCAUUUAUGGUGAGGACGGUUAUGACUUCUCUGUUCUGACGGAGGAGGAUUUUGUGCCAUGUGAUGAGGCCCAUGUGCGGGCGGAGGUCAACAACACACUGCGCUCAUUUCCCUCAUCGUGCGGUCCGGCUGUAGGACAGUUUUGGGUCCGCGUAACGGAGCACGCAUCUGAUGCAAGUCAGGGAUGUGAGUACUUCCGCUUUGCCUCGCCCAGUUGUGAUCCCAUGGCGUCACGGGCGCUUUUCUCACAGCAUUACUUCCUUUACAACAAACGAGCGCGUCUACUUGUGUCGCUGCUUAUCUUCGCUGAGGGAAAUUUGUAUCGUGGUGAUGACGGCGCGAUGGUAGAGAAUAGCUUGUAUUAUGAAACGGAUGACAACAGUACCCACUCACGACUCUGGUUUAGUAGUCCUGAUGGAGCUUCAGAGGAUGAUGAACACGUGUUGGUAGGAAAGAAUGUACAUUAUUAUUGCCGUGCGUAA